AUGGCUGACGGUGCCGCCGACGAUGGCGGCGUCAAUGACCUGACGCCGGAAGAGGUCAGCCGCAUCAUCCAUUCCCACCGCAAGGUGCGCUACGGGACCGCCUGCUGGCCGUGCCGACAGCGUAAAGUAAAGUGCGACAACAAGCACCCAUGCGAGAACUGUGUAAGGCGUGAACAUCCGCAGCUCUGUUCAUAUAAGCCGAAUCGCGCCGCGGCACCAAACAAACCCGGCAAUACCGCCUCAUCGGCACCCGGCAGCCGGAAGAGACAGCACUCGGAGCCGGAGGAGGAGCAGGAGCAGGAGCAGGAAUCGUCUCGCAAGUCGGAUCGUCAAGAGAGCUGGCCGCGAGCCAUCGGGAACCUAGAUGAAGCAGAGCCCGUGAGCGAUCGCUACGUCGGCCAGAACAGUAUUCCCGCGUUGCUCCGUGAGCAGUCUACACCCAGCGACAAGAACGAUAGCGUCGACUUUCGAAGAGACAUGAGGUCCAUACUGGGCCUGGACAAUUCCGCGCCCUUUCCGCUCAUGUCCCAGCGGCACUUGCACCGCAUAGCACAGGAUAUUUCGACCGAGCUCCCUUCGGAUCGAGAAGUCAUGCGACUAUUUCGGUCGUACAAGGAGAUUCCGCAGCCAUUUUGGGGAUUUGUGGUCGACAUUGACGAUUUCGAGUCGAAGCUCAUGGUGUAUCUAGAGGAACGCUCGCGCAAUGCGUCAAAACCAAACACUUCGAGGCCUGUGUCUGCGUCCUGGCUGGCCAUUCUCUUUGCCGUUUUGGCAGUCGGCUCUCAGUACCACGAAUCGCCAUACCACAUCCGCACUCGUGAUUCUCAGAAAUACCUACAAAUCGCCUUCCACUUCCUCCGCCUCGCAAACUUUCUGUUACGGCCGUCUUUCGAUUCCAUCCAGGCGUUGCUCUUGAUGAGCUUCACACUCCUCAAUGACAUGAAGGCUGAAGCGUCUUGGGCGCUCACUGGUCUGACGUGCCGGCUAGCACAGUCAUUGGGACUUCAUCGACCAAAUGUCCCAGACACGAACGAAAAUGGCGAGCCCAAUAUAAAGGAGACUACACGAAGAAAACUGUGGUGGAAAUGCGUUUGGCACGACACCCUUACGUCUCUUUCUUUUGACAGAUCACCAAUGACAAAUUUCCCAAGUUGUUCAAUUCCUGUCAAGAUCCAAUCAUCGGGCGGCGAGUACGCAUAUCUCGAGAUGAUGUAUCAUCUUAUCGAGAUCAUAUCGAGGCGUUUGAAUCCAGACGCCAUGGCCACGCCUUCGUAUGCUGAGAUAGUAGAGAAUUGCGACACGGUCGAAGCCUUGCGCACUCGAGCAUCCGCGCAUAUGAAGGACAAGGACAAGUGCAAGACGGCACUUGACCGUCUGCAGUAUUUUGCCAUUCGACUGCACACAUCCUUUGUCAUCUCAGUGGCCUGCAGACCAGCACUCCGAAGAAACUGCAACCUGGGGCCGGAACAGAAAAAGACACUCGCGGCAAGAUGCGUCGUCAACCUCACCGAAACCGUCAAGAUGUUUCUGGCCAUGCACCAGCUGUCCGUCAUCCCAACACGCAGCUGGGCCUUUACCUACCACGGUCUCUCUUCUGCGCUCCUGCUCGGCAUCUUGUGCGACACGCGAGCCGACCCCGUGGUGCGGCAGCUGCAAGGUGACCUCAUUGCGGCUCUCUCAGCUACGGCCGCCAAAGAUGUCAGCUCGCCGGAACCGCACGUCGUCCGCACGGACAAGGAUAUCGAGCUGUCUGGUCCGCUGUGGCGCGCGCUCACGGCGCUCAAGAGCAUCUACGAUCACGGGUCCAUUACAAACACCUUUAAGCGCGACGGCGAGUCGUCUGCCGGCGGCAGUGGCACCCGCACGCCGGCGAUGCAGCUACCUCCUGGUGUGCAAGGCCUGCCGCUAUAUCAACAAUACCGCGUCAUCCCGCCCGGUUCAGAUCCGCGCGAAGAUGCGGCGCUGGCAAUGGCGGAGAUGCAAAACGGCGCAUCACUUCAGGAUUUUCAAAACUCUCUACCUGGAACGCAGCAAGUGCCAAUGCCGGUUGGCUUUGAUGGGCUCAACGCAGAGGGGCCGCAGCUGAUGGCGCCCAUGGAUCUAUACGAAUCCAUCUGGGGAGAAUCGCCAGAUCCUUGGAACCCUGGCGCCGAGCCCAUGAGUUUUGACUUUUUGGCGCAGCCUCCACCAGGGCAGCCGCAUCAUCAGCUGUACUUUUGA